AUCGCAACGAGUCAUCCUUCAGUGUGGAAGGUUGGAAGCCACUUCCAAAAUCCCACUAUAACACAAUCUUCCACGUCUCUACCUCUAUCUUAACCCCUCUCCAUCUCUCUCUAUCUGUGCAUCUCUUCAAGUAGAAAUCACAAGCACAAUACAUAUACACAAAGAAAUGGUCUUCUCAACAGUUAUAACAUCCUCACCUCAACUCCAUUUCCCAAAAACCAGUUUUCCAAUUAUCCAAAGGGCAAUUCGAACCUGUUCUGCUUCUCUUUCUACAACCCCACAACGAAUUUCGACUUCUCAAUUUGAUCUCAAGACUUACUGGACUACUCUGAUUCAAGAAAUCAAUCACAAACUCGAUGAGGCAAUUCCAGUACAGUACCCACAACAGAUCUAUGAGGCCAUGCGUUACUCUGUUUUAGCCAAAGGUGCCAAGAGGUCUCCACCUGUCAUGUGUGUUGCCGCCUGUGAGCUCUUCGGCGGCAAUCGCCUUGCCGCUUUUCCCACCGCCUGCGCUCUUGAAAUGGUUCAUGCUGCUUCAUUGAUUCACGAUGACUUGCCAUGCAUGGAUGAUGACCCAUCCCGAAGAGGCCAACCUUCCAACCACACAAUGUUUGGGGUUGAUAUGGCAAUUUUAGCCGGGGACGCCUUGUUCCCUCUUGGUUUCCGCCACAUUGUUUCCCAUACUCCAACUGACCUUGUCCCUCAGACUCGCCUCCUAAAGGUCAUUGCAGAGAUUGCUCGAGCCGUGGGGUCCACCGGUAUGGCUGCUGGUCAGUUUCUUGAUCUUGAGGGUGGACUGAAUGGUGUUGAUUUUGUCCAAGAGAAGAAGUAUGGUGAAAUGGGUGAAUGCUCUGCUGUGUGUGGAGGUCUCUUAGCUGGUGCUUCAGAUGAGGAGAUCCAACGAUUGAGAAGAUAUGGUCGAGCUGUUGGUGUUUUGUAUCAAGUGGUGAACGAUAUGUUGGAAGCAAAAACGGAUAAAGAAAUCAACGAUAAGAAGAAAAACAAGAGUAAAAGUUAUGUUGCAGCAUAUGGUGUAGACAAAGCGAUGGAGGUGGCCGAGGAUCUUAGAGCACAGGCUAAGAAAGAGUUGGACGGCUUAGAGGAGUACGGUGAGAAGGUUGUGCCGUUAUACAGUUUCGUGGAUUAUGCUGCUGAUAGAGGUUUCAGUGUAGGUGACCAAGCUCAGUAAUCAACCUUGGAUUUUAAAUGCCUCUGAAUGUUCAGACUAUAUUAUAUUGAUUUACCGAAAUGAACUUUUUUUUUUUUUUGGCAUUUAAGAAUUUGACAUAUAUAUAUACACACUACAGAUAUUAUUGCUAGACCCGAAAUUGGAUGCUUGUUGAAACUUUUGUUGGGAAAAAUUACAGAAUAUUAUAAUAUA